UGAUAUCGACUCCUUUGCAUGUGGCUUAUACAAAGUGAUUAUUAAAGGAAAAAGAGAUGGAAUUAAAAUAAGAAUUAAAAUUCUCAUAAAAUGGCACACACAAGUUGCAGAUCGUUUAUGUUUCAGAGAAGCAUAUAGAAGAGAGUAUAUGUUUGUAACCAAAGUACUGCCGAUCUUUCUGCAUAUUCAAAGAACGUAUAUGACUAAUGAAGGACUAAAAUUAAAGUUUCCUAAUUAUGUACUGGCUUCAAUUGAUUAUAAUGAGGAAGUGAUAGUUGUUCACAUUUUACAAAAUUAUAAGCUAUUGAAUAGAUUUUAUAAAAUGGACUUCGCUCAUGCUUCUUUGGUUAUAAGAAGCUUAGCAAAAUUACACGCUUUCUCUUUCAUCGCAGCGAAAUUAUUUCCGCGAGAUUUCGAAGAAAUAAAACGAUUGUUUGACAAUGACGUGCAAUAUUCAGAUUUGAACAAUAUCCCAAAUUCAUUAGAGUGGUAUUUCAAUGCAUCUGUUUCCAUAAUUUUUGAUUCAGAGAUCAGAUUGAAAUUGCAACAUAUAUCUAAUAAAAUAUCGUUGAUACUAAACAGAUGCACUGCUCCAGUGAAUGGAUAUAGUGUCAUAUGCCAUUCAGAUUGCUGGCAUAACAAUACAUUUUUCAAGCACAUGGGAGAUAAACCGGUGGAUUUAGUGUUCGUUGACUAUCAGAUGGCCCGUCUGGCUUCUCCAGUAACGGAUAUUUCUUAUUUCUUCUUCAUGACAUCCGACUACGAAUUUCUUAAACACAAUUACGAUCACCUUUUAUACAUUUAUUACGCGACAUUGUCUGCGAGCCUUCAUGAGUGUAAGGUAAAUGCUGAGGAAGUAUUUCCAAGAAGAAUAUUUGAAGAACAUCUUAAGAAAUAUUCCAUUUUGGGACUUAUAGAAGCCUUAAUAUCAAUGAAAAUAAUAACAGCGGAAUCAGACGAAGCCCACAAAAUGACUGAAAUGAAACAUCAAAGCUGUAAUGGAUUGCAUCAGUUUGAAACACAAAAUCAAAGCUUAUUUGUAAACAGAGUAAACGGCAUUGCAAACUUCUAUUUUGAAAGAAACUACUCUAUCGAUCACUUUGUCUCUGAAUAAAGCAUUUUUAUUUACUCCUUAGUAUA